AUGGCUGGAGUAAAACAAGUUAGGAACAAGAAACUUUUACCCGAUUUGAGGAAAGAGGGUAUUCUCACCCAGGAAAUAGUUCUCUCGACCAAGGAGAAGCACGGUGUCCCCGCGGGAUCCAGGCUGUUUUCCCACCACACACUUGCCAGUGUCAGAAGAUUACAUUUCUACCACCCAUUUCAAUUACCUGAAGACAGCCUCGACCUCGUAUUGGCCGCUUGCUACAACCAGUCGACGGAGAAGUUUGCCGACAAAGAGGACCUGUACAUCCAGCCGGAGACGCAGGGUCACGACACGUGGCGCCGACUCAGAAACACCCUGGAUAAGAUUCCGCCGGCUGCCAUUCCUCAGGGGCAUCCAAUGAAGCGUGGUGGUAUCAAGGAACACAAGUCUCCAUUCAGCGUCAAGCUGAUGAACUCAGGAGUGCACUCCUCGCAGACCAACCCCGGUUACAGCAGACAGCCGGCAGGCGGCGCCAUCUUCUUCUAUUAGUUUUGCAAAUACUCUUUAUUUUAUAAGGCUAAGAGACUACCAUUCAGCCAAAAAUUUUAACAGGAUUUUGUCAAAAUACGUUCAGACUGCUUUGAAAUAAAUGCAUUACUUAUAUAUUAACGUGCUGUGGUCUGUAUGAAAUUAAAACAAAUAAUUGUCCUGAUAGUACGGACAAAACAUUCUCAUCUUUUGUAAAUACUCUUUUAGUUUGCCAAUAUCUGUCCGAAAACUCAUUUAAAACUAAAAAAUAUAAUAUAUUUACUUGUUUGUAUUAAAAUAGUCUACAAGGAUAUUAGAUAGGUAAUUCAAUAAUGAU